AUGUCAAAUGUCAACUAUCAGCGUGCCUUAGUUUCUCGUCUUCCUCUAGUUCAGGAUAGGAAGGGCUGUGAGGCCAGCAGCCGGGAAGCGGACCUUCUCAAAGAGCAGAUAGCGUCCGGGACUGCUGUUUUCGGUUCCCCUGCCCGAUACGUGGAGAGCCGGUACCGGGGCUUCAUCCUGCUGCUCACCUUCCUCAUUUAUACGUGUUAUCACAUGUCAAGGAAGCCCAUCAGCGUGGUCAAGAGCCGUCUGCAUCAGAACUGCUCGGAGUUGAUCAACCCCAUCAAUGACACCCACAGUCUCAAUGAUACCACAUGGUGCAGCUGGAGUCCAUUUGACAAAGAUGACUACAAGGAGUUACUGGGGGCUGUGGACAACGCCUUCCUUGUGGCCUACGCCAUUGGCAUGUUUAUCAGUGGGAUCUUUGGGGAGCGGCUCCCCCUCCGGUACUACCUUUCAGCCGGAAUGCUGCUCAGCGGUCUCUUCACCGCCCUCUUUGGCCUGGGAUAUUUCUGGAACAUACACGUGCUCUGGUACUUUGUGCUCAUCCAGAUCUGCAACGGACUUGUCCAGACCACAGGCUGGCCCUCUGUCGUGGCCUGUGUUGGCAACUGGUUCGGGAAGGGGAAGCGAGGGUUCAUUAUGGGCAUCUGGAAUUCCCACACAUCUGUGGGCAACAUCCUGGGCUCCCUGAUCGCCGGCCUCUGGGUGAACAGUCAGUGGGGCUUGUCGUUCAUUGUGCCUGGCAUUAUCACCGGUGCCAUGGGCAUCUUUACCUUCCUCUUCCUCAUCGAGUACCCAGAAGAUGUGGACUGCACCCCUCCACAGCACCACGGUGGGCUGGAUGACAGCCAGGAAAGCCCUCAGGACCCUGGGAACAGUUCCUACUCUCACAGGGAGAGCAGCAUGGAGGCUGCAGCCAGCUGCUCCAAGGAGCCCUGCCCUGAGCCUGCCGCCAUCAGCUUCCUGGGGGCGCUCAAGAUCCCGGGUGUGAUCGAGUUCUCUUUGUGUCUGCUCUUUGCCAAGUUGGUCAGCUACACCUUCCUCUAUUGGCUGCCCCUCUAUAUCUUCAACGUGGCUCAUUUUGGUGCCAAGGAGGCUGGGGACCUGUCUACACUCUUUGAUGUUGGUGGCAUCAUAGGUGGCAUCACGGCAGGGCUUGUCUCCGACUACAUCAAUGGCAGGGCCACCACAUGCUGCGUCAUGCUGAUCUUGGCUGCCCCAGUGAUGUUUCUGUAUAAUUCCUUGGGCCAGAAUGGGAUCACUAGCUCCAUAGUGAUGCUGAUUAUCUGCGGGGCCCUGGUCAAUGGCCCCUAUGCACUCAUUACCACAGCCGUCUCGGCUGACCUGGGAACUCAUGAGAGCCUGAAAGGCAAUGCCAAGGCCCUCUCCACCGUCACAGCUAUCAUCGAUGGCACAGGCUCCAUAGGUGCGGCCCUGGGCCCCCUACUGGCUGGGCUUAUUUCCCCCACUGGCUGGAACAAUGUCUUCUACAUGCUCAUCUCCGCUGACAUCCUGGCCUGCUUGCUCCUCUGCCGGUUGGUGUACAAAGAGAUCCUGGCUUGGAAGGCGUCCCUGAGCAGAGGCAGAGGCUAUAAAGAAAUAUGAGCCUCAGUUGGAACUGAAUCGUGGAGGGUCCCCACUGGGUCCCCAAACAGCUCCCCAUGGGAAGACAACAGAAACUUCCACUGAGGGGAGAAACAAAGACUCCUGAUCUAACCCCAACCAGCCCAGCCCAACCUACAGGGCUGCUAAGGGUGCUGAAGACUGGCCAUGGAAAGGGGACUGCCAAGUAUGAGGAAACCAAAGACUCAAGGUUCUGAGCCCUGGGGCUGCCAGUACCAGAGCGCAUGCUCAGAUUCUGAGGCAAAGACAGACGUUCUCUAGGGUCCGAGGUGUGUCUCUCCCCACCCCCAGUUAGAUUUUAAUCUCUGCAAUCAGCCUGUGCCCUAGGGGACAUCUCACCCCAUUUCAAAUGUGCCCAACCUUCCUUUGUCCCUUUGUCAGGAGCCAAUCUUCUCUAUUUCCUCAAGUUCCACCCUCUUCUUCUAUCCUCCCUUUGAUCUGUUUAUAACUCCCUUUGUGGCUUUGAUUAAAGCAUUGCGACUGUUCUUCCAGGGCAAGACUAGGGUAGGGCCAGGGGGCACCUAGGGCAGGCACCCGAUAUCAUGGGCUCCCUGGCUCAUGCUGUGCCCACCCUGAGAAUGAACCUCCCUUGCCUCACCCUGGUCCUUAGGCCCUGACAAUGUCUCAGUGGCUGGUGACAUCAAGGUCAGUACUGUGGGGACUGACAGGGCUGAGCAUGACUGAAAAUACCUGUGUGUAUAUUAACCAUUUUGAAAAUGAAAUCCCAGGGGUUACUGAGGCCUCACUAUGUGCCAGUGCUGCUGUAGGAAUGAAGGGGACAAUGGACAGAGAAAGGACUUUUGCCCUGAGCACUGGGGGCAGAAGAAAAGGGGAUGCUGGGUCGGGGAUUUAGCUCAGUGGUGCCACUGCCUGCCUUGCAAGCGCAAGGUCCUGAGUUUG